AGGAACGCGCCGCGAGCCACCAUCAUGCCUGGGCAUUUACAGGAAGGCUUCGGCUGCGUGGUCACCAACCGAUUCGACCAGUUAUUUGACGACGAAUCGGACCCCUUCGAGGUGUUGAAGGCAGCAGAGAACAAGAAAAAAAAAGCCGGCAGGGUUGGUGUUGGGGGCCCUGGGGCUAAGAGCGCAGCUCAGGCCGCAGCCCAGAACAACUCCAAUGCGGCAGGCAAACAGCUGCGUAAAGAGUCCCAGAAAGAACGCAAGAACCCGCUGCGGUCCAACGCCGGCGUGGCUGACAAGGAAGAGGAGACGCAGCCGCCCGUGGCGCUUAAGAAAGAAGGAAUAAGACGUGUUGGAAGAAGACCUGAUCAACAACUUCAGGGUGAAGGGAAAAUAAUUGGUAGGAGACCAGAACGGCGACCACCUCGUGAAAGACGAUUUGAAAAGCCACUUGAAGAAAAGGGUGAAGGAGGAGAAUUUUCAGUUGAUAGACCGAUUAUUGACCGGCCUAUCCGAGGCCGUGGUGGUCUUGGAAGAGGUCGAGGAGGACGUGGACGCGGAAUGGGCCGAGGAGAUGGAUUUGACUCUCGUGGCAAACGUGAAUUUGAUAGGCAUAGUGGAAGUGAUAGAUCUGGUCUGAAGCACGAGGACAAACGUGGAGGUAGCGGAUCUCACAACUGGGGAACUGUCAAAGAUGAAUUAACUGACUUGGAGCAACCAAAUGUGACUGAGGAAACACCAGAAGGUGAAGAACAUCCAGUUGCAGACACUGAAAAUAAGGAAAACGAAGUUGAAGAAGUAAAGGAAGAGGGUCCAGAAGAAAUGACUUUGGAUGAGUGGAAGGCUAUUCAAAAUAAGGACCGGGCAAAAGUAGAAUUUAAUAUACGAAAACCAAAUGAAGGUGCUGAUGGUCAGUGGAAGAAGGGAUUUGUUCUUCAUAAGUCAAAGAGUGAAGAGGCUCACGCUGAAGAUUCGGUUAUGGACCAUCAUUUCCGGAAGCCAGCAAAUGAUAUCACAUCUCAGCUGGAGAUCAAUUUUGGAGACCUUGGCCGCCCAGGACAUGGUGGCAGGGGAGGACGAGGUGGCCGUGGGCGUGGAGGACGUCCAAACCAAGGCAGCAGGACUGACAACUCAAGUGCUUCUGCUCCUGAUGUAGAUGACCCAGAGGCAUUCCCAGCUCUGGUUUAACUAGAUGCCAUAAGAUAACCCUGGUUCCUUUGUGGACCCUACUUCUCUGAGGUUUUGCAUGCUUAAGGAUCCCAACCGUCUAAGAAAUUAAAAAAAAAAAAAAAGACUGUCAUUCAUACCAUUCACACCUACAGACUGAAUUUUAUCUGUUUUGAAAAUGAACUUCUCUCGCUACACAGAAGUAACAAAUAUGGUAGUCAGUUUUGUAUUUAGAAAUGUAUUGGUAGCAGGGAUGUUUUCAUAAUUUUCAGAGAUUAUGCAUUACUUCAUGGAUAUUUUGUAUUGCUGCUUGCAAAUAUGCAUUUCCAAACUUGAAAUAUAGGUGUGAACAUGUG